CCGUGUGACCGCCAAAAACCUUUACGGCACGAUGCGCUUCACUCAACUCCCCUUGAUCAUCGCCUCGGCCGCUGUCGUCUCUAUACCUACUGUCCUUGCUGCCGAUGGAGGCUUGACCGGCCCUUCGUCCAAGGUCGCGGCCAACGGACUCGAAAUCGUGACGGCCAACCCCAAGGCAUGCAAACGACCUACCAAAUCCGGCGACGAGAUUAGUGUACACUACCGCGGAAAACUACAAUCCGAUGGCACCAAAUUCGACGAGUCAUACAAUCGUGGAGUGCCUCUUAGCUUCAAGCUCGGUGCUGGAGAAGUGAUAAAAGGAUGGGACCAAGGUCUAUUAGGCAUGUGUGUUGGCGAACAAAGGAAGCUGGUCAUCCCUCCGGAACUGGCCUAUGGCCAUAGCGAUCUGGGAAUUAUUCCCCCGGAUAGCACUUUGAAACUCAUCCAGAUAGCUGGUGUACCUGCCGAGAUGGACGAGCCAGCCAUCAGGCCCGAGGAACUUCUACCACCUCCUCCCAUUCCGCAAGACGGGUUGCCUCCGCCACCGCCUCCCGGCAGCGAGAAGGGUCCCAUGGUUCAAGCACAGGAUGGUGAAUGUAAACUGUUGGGCCCCUUUGCACUGAUCGUCCAGGCCGCACUAGGCGCACUCGCUCUGCUCUCGCUUGUGUUCAAACGUUGGAGAGAACGUCCCAGACGCCCACUCAAGAUCUGGUUCUUCGAUGUCUCCAAACAGGUCGCCGGUACUUUUUUGCUCCAUCUCGCUAAUCUGGGCAUGUCCAUGUUCUCGUCGGGAAAAUUUGACCUGGCUAGCACAAAACCCGAGGACAUCUCGGCAAGCGUUUCUGCUGUCACUGCUGACGACGGCAAGAUGCCAAAUCCUUGUUCAUUCUAUCUUUUGAACCUUGCUAUUGAUGUUCGUAAACCUCACUCAAUCUCGAGGGGUUCANCCACUAUUGGUAUCCCCGUCCUUGUCAUAUUGUUACGCGUUCUACACAGUCUUUUCGCAAAAACUCCCAUCGCAAAUCCACCAGAGUCCAUCAAGUCUGGUUACUACGGCAAUCCACCGCGCGCUACCUGGUGGCUCAAGCAGUCUAUCAUCUACUUCAUUGGACUGUUUGGCAUGAAACUCUUCGUCUUCUUGCUCUUUGCAAUGCUUCCAUGGUUGCCAUGGGUCGGCGACUGGGCGUUACGCUGGACCGAAGGCAACGAGGCUCUUCAGAUCGCGUUUGUGAUGUUCAUCUUCCCUGUGGCUAUGAACGGCAUCCAAUACUACAUCAUCGACAGCUUCAUCAAAGGCAAGGAAUCAGAUAGGGAAGGUUUCCAAGCAGUGCCUACCGAGGACGACGACGAGCACAGCAGCAGAGACGGUGAUGAUGUAGAGGACGAAGAUCGAUCCAAGAGAAGGGACAGAGUCACCACGGCGGAGCAUGUUGCUGAGGCUAACCCCACAGCAGUGCCUUCUUAUGAUCACGAUUCGGACGCUGAAGCCUCGAGCGGAGGAAGCUCGAAUCGUAGGAAG